GCGCUUAUGAUUCUAACCUUAAUCAAGAUCACUAUUAUUAAUUGUUGUCUAUGUCGGACUUAUUUUUUUCCCCAAUAAUAAUGAUAUUAACUGGUAUAAAUAUAUUAUUGUGAUUAAAUAUAUUACUGUGAAGAGCUUUCUCGACUAUAAAUAUCUAAAGCAAUUGAAAAGAUCAUUUACAAAUAUAAUGGAAAUUAUAAUACAUGGAUUUGGAUGGUUUUUAUCUAUGAAAUGAACCUAUUUUCAAACAAAGCAAUGAACAAUAUCUCUGGUCAGUUUCGUAAGACCACAUGGGACCCUAUACUCAUUAUUUCACAAAUAGUAGCAGUACAAUCUGUCAUGUAUUUUUUUCUUGGAAUUUGGAUCUGGAUUAUAGCAUCGCUUUUAGGCUCUACAAAUUCUUUGGAUUAUGCCUUUCAAUAUAAGGAAAUACACAUUCGUGAUUUUGGAGGACAAUUAGUAAUAGUAAUCUUUAUUUUGAAUGCAUUAAUAGGUGCUAUGGCCUUAUGGUGGUUAGUACAGAGAACAAAACAGUGUAUGGACUUUGCAUGUACAGCUCACUUGAUACAUUUGUGUUGUUGUUGGGCAUACAAUGCCAGUUUUCCAACUUCUUUCAGUUGGUGGAGUUUGAAUAUUGUUUCCUUGAGUAUAAUGUGCGUAUGUGGAGAAUUUCUUUGUAUGAGAACAGAAUUGCAAGCAAUACCACUGAGUAUGAAUAAUCAAAAAACAGCCUUGUAAUAAAAAAGUGUAUAUACAUUAUCUAAUGAAUUUGUUAGAUCAAUAAUAUGAAUACACUUUUCUUUAAUA